AUGGUGACUAACGUUCAGUUAGUUUUAGCAUCAUUAACACUCUUACCAUUUAUCGUACCCUACAAAAUACUAUCAUAUUCACCACAGUUUUCGCUGAGCCAUGUCAAGUUCGCUGGAAAUAUCGCUGAUUUUUUGGUUCAAGCAGGUCACAAUGUGACCAUACUGAUGCCAAAAGCUUCACCAACUGUUAAUAUAACUGGAACAAAGUAUGCUAAAGUAAUCUUUAUACCCGCAGCUGAGGAAACUGCAAAAACCUCUUCAACAAUACUUCCACUAACUCUUCAAAAAGGUAACUCGUUUCAGAGAAGCAAAGAUUUGGAAAAAGCGUUUGCUACAAACUGCAAAAAAAUCCUCGAACAAGAACAACUGCUAGAAGUACUGAAAAACGAAAAGUUCGACGUACUUUUAACAGAAUUAUUUGACGCCUGCGCUUUUGUUCUCAAAAUUCCCGCUCAUAUUAUCAACUGCGCAUCAUCCCUAAUGGACAAUGUCGCCAGCCUUGUCGGCGUACCACUCUUCCCCAGCUAUGUACCAUCUACACUAUCCUCAUUUACGGAUCAGAUGAGUUACAUGGAGCGAUUCGUAAACCUUGUAAUGACAGAGACAUCGAAAUACUUUUUUAACAGAAUUCUAUUCGCGGAAGAAAAAUUAUUCAAAGAACAUUAUGGAGAGCAUUUCCCUGAUCUUCGCUUCUUCAUCUUAAAAAGCAAAAUAUUUUUACAGGACGUUAUAGCACAAACCACCUUCGUUCUAACGAAUGCUGAGCCACUAAUAGACUUCCCUAGACCAGUUACCCACAAAGUUGUUGAAAUUGCUGGCUUAAGCUACCCACAAGUGAAGCCACUGAAUGAAGUACACCUCUUACUGUUCUAUAAAGAAUGGGAGAAGAUACUGUCAACAAGAAACAAAGCAGUACUUGUUUCAUUUGGCUCAAAUAUUCAAAGCUGCGAUAUGCCUGGAAGUCUCAAAAAAAUCUUCCUCGAUUUGUUUUUAUCGUUUCCAGAUGUUACUUUCAUUUGGAAAUAUGAAGUUGACGAUUUACCGCUUGACAAAUACAAAAACCUAGUUACUUCUAAGUGGUUACCUCAAAACGACAUAUUAGGUGAAUCUUUUGUCACCCAUGGCGGAAUGAACAGUAUUGUGGAAACGAUAAGUAUUGGAAAGCCUAUGGUUGUUGUUCCGAUAUUUGGCGACCAGUUUCGCAACGGGAAAAUGAUAGAGCGUUACGGUACGGGGCUUGUUGUUUCCAGAUAUGAUGAUGGAGGCCGUCUUUUUCAAGCCUUAAAAGAAAUCCUUGACAAUAAAAGCGUCAGUGCAUUUCCAAAUAUCGCCCAAAAGUUAGCUAAAAUGAUUAGGAAAAAGCCGACAUCUUCAAAGAUGUUAUUGAUCAAACACGUUGAGUUCGCUGCUGAAUUUGGUCGUCUACCUUUGUGGGAUCCUGUAGGUAGAACAAUGCCUUUCUAUAAACUUUAUCUUCUCGAUAUUUUAAUUCCAUUAAUUCUAGUGUUAUUAUCGCUUUCUGCAGCACUAUUCUUCUCUCUCUAUAAAGUUAUCAGAAAGCUGUUUAGUACAGGCAGGAAAGCGAAAUCUGAGUAG